GAGAAAGGCUGUAUCCACCUGAGUACUAAGUUUAAUGUGACAUGCUCUCUUCUAUGGAAUGAAUACCCGACGUAUGAUUAAGUUGUCACAGUGAAAUUGACAGUGUAAAUUUCGAAUUAUGUUUCCAGUGCAUGACUCUGUCACGUCAUGACAAAGAAUAUUUGGAAUUCAACCGGUUUCAAUAUAUAUGUUCUUCAAUGUUGAAUCUUUGCUACCUAUGUUGUGAAAGACGAAUAGGUUUUUGAACACAAACAAUAAAAGAAUGGACCUUAAACUAAGUCCUUGAUGUGCGUGUAGAUUUGAUUAUGAUUUUAACUAAUUCCAAUACAAUUUAUUGUUCUUUAUCGUCGCCUACAUUUUGUACUAUUCUGUGAUAUGUAACUAACGAGAUAAUUUUAAUUGACGAGUUUGAUUGUUCCAGUUACAGAAGAGUGUGUCAUCUCAAUGAAGUUCUUACUCUUGAAAGAAUUAUAAUUCAUGUAACUUGUCAUUCAGUUUAUGUAAAUGUUCAUCACUCACAUUUACAAUAGCUCUUGCUUCCAGCUAAGUUUGUUGUAGACUAGUAGUUUUUAUUCAAUUGAGUUAUAAAAUCAACCAUUCUUCUUUAGGCACACCAACAAGGACAGUUUUUAUAACUUUCGCUUCACUACUGUUUAGAUGGGAUAAGUUUAAUUAACGAUCCUUAUUCGUCUUGGGGUGUACCAUGCACGCAAAUAUACUACUAAUACAGGCGAAGACAUUGGAGCAUAUUUGCGUGCAUGGCAGACCACAACUGAUUGUCAUCAUGUGAUACACAGAGAGUCAUGCACUGAAAACAUAAUUCGAAAUUUACACUGUCAAUUUCACUGUGACAACUUAAUCAUACGUCGGGUAUUCAUUCCAUAGAAGAGAGCAUGUCACAUUAAACUUAGUACUCAGGUGGAUACAGCCUUUCUCCAACCUCUCCUCUAUUUUCUCUCUCUCUCUCUCACUCUCGCUCUCUCUUUUCUUUCGAGCAUUAUUUCCGUAGAGUAUUCAUACACACACAUUUGAGUAUUAAACAAUUAGAAAUUAUUUAUCACACAAUGUGGAUGCUCAGUUGUAAAGUAAGGAAAUUAUAUUCUAUUAUCUAUCGUUGGAACACGCAUCUAAAGCCAUUGACAUUUGUUAUUCAUAAGAAUAAAACAAAGAAACCAUUACACGAAAGUUAUUUUCGUAUUUUCUCUACGUAAAAUGAAUUUCGAUAAGCAAGCAUCCCUAGAAAAGAGCUUCUGAGAUCCAAUCACACAACACUUUCCUGAGCAGACAUGAUUAGCUGUUCAGACUAUUUUAAUACUGUUCCAAUUAAAACAGUGACUGAAAACAAAGCAGAGAAAAAUAUGAGUUUCGUAGAAAAAAAUCAUCAAGAGAUCAACAGAAAAAAGAAUUCCCAAUCAAGAGAAAAAGAGCAAUCAUGAGUUUUUUUCUCUUAAAGAUGUUCACUAUAAUACAAUUAACUGUAGUAGGUAAGAAUGAAAAGAAAUCUGGUUAAAAUAAGCUGAUUUCUCCUCUUCUUUUAUUUCCAUUGUGUCAUCUAUUAUAAAUAUUAACCACAUUAGUGCUCUCUAUCGAAAAUGAAUUGUUCUCCGUUUUUCUCUUGAAAAUGAGAGAGGGAGCAUGUCUGUUUUAUAAAUUUCUAAUCACAGAGACAAACUUCGAUCAGUUCGAGCAUAACGUUGAUUAUGAUAAGAAAUCAAUGUUCUAAUAUUUUAUUGCGCAACGUUUUAGAUAUUGAUUAUUCAUCACAAUAACUCAGGCCUCUUUCAUUUACGGCCAAUUUGAAAAAUCUUAAAAGGAAAUCGGACAAGGUAAGUUUGACAACAAGAAGAACAUGUAGUUGUAACAAAAGUUAUGUAUCUUCCAGUAGACGAUUCCUAACAAGAUGACAAAUGCAUACAUACAUGUCUAUAAUAGUGAAUAUUCCUAAUUGCUCGAACAUAUAUAUUCACGAUACAUUGAUCAAUAGAGGUGUGGUGGUAUCGAAAUGAUGACGACUCAGCACUCAUCAUCUUACUGGAGCUACCUCAGUUAGCUUUCAAUUACUCAUUCGAUACUAAUCUAUUGCACGCUGCGACGUUGUUUAUUACUAAAUUGCAUAUAGUAAAGCUUUUAGUAUCACAGAAAUCUUAAACUAUAUUGCUCGUUUCACAAGUGCUUUAUUUUCUUCAUCUAUCUUCUUUUAUUUUAGAUAUACACAGGUUAUUUAAAAAUAUAAAGAACUACGCUUCCACCGUAUACGAUGUUUCCAAUCCAAGGAAUUUGUAUAGCUCUUCUUGUUUUAAGUGAGUGUUGCUAUUUUUAGCUAAAGUUUCGUGAGACGGCGGAAUCGUUUACGUAGAUAAUAGAAGAAGCGGGAAUAAACAACUUCGUUGCUCAAGACUUAGAUCAAUAGGAUGAACUUCGUCGUCAACACUCCCAAACAUUAAUUACAAAACUUAAACGUGCUAUAUUUUAUGUGCAGGAACUUCGAGAAAUGUUUAUUACUCCAGUGAAAAAGUUGUCUUUCAGCAAUGUCACUCUCUUAUAAUAUUUCGCCUUUAAGUUUAUCUAAAUAAAAAUUCUGUUUGUUCAGGUACAUUCAUCAUUUCCACAUCAGCUGCAGCCAUACAUCCCAACGAAGAUCAUUUAAAUGAUGGUAUACAAGACGACAGAUACCGCCCGUUUGACUUACUUCAUUUUGAUGAUAAACUAGACGAAGGGCCGAUGGAUAAUAGUUAUAAUUCAUGGAAAAGAACAUUACCAGAAGGAAUCAUGUUAGGGAAACGUGCGCGCUUGCCGAGCGAAGCAAUUUUACUUGGGAAACGAAGAGUGCCACUUGAGGCUGUGCUAUUAGGUCGUCGAGAUCUUCCGAAUGAAGGAAUCUUAUUAGGUCGUUGA